CUCACCUUCUCUCUCCCGCUCACGAUCGACAAACGGCGCAUUCGUUUUGUUUUGGUACGUGGAUGACGUAUCCCCGUAGACGGUGAAUCGGAACCUGAACUAUUCCGCGAAAAUAUCCUACACGUCUUCCGAUUUUUCUUCCCCCGAUUGCCCUCUCACCGUGCGUCACGUCGAAUAUACGAGAAAUCGAUCAGGGACUUCGAUCAUCCGUCGAUCAACGGUGACGUUUUUUAGCCGUGUUCUUUAUGGCUUUCUGACAGUUCCUACGAAAAAUGGCUCGUCGGGAUGCUUUGCAUAUUUUUGGUUUGUUGCUGCUCGCGAACAAUUACGUGAGAUACAGCUCGUGCACCUACCACGGCCGUCACUACGACAAAUAUGCUAUGGACACAGAAAAGAUUUGCUACGGACGUAGCAAAUCAUCCAUCGAGAUAAACACCCAGGCCGCUAUCGUUUGGCCCAAUCACAUGUUCGACCGAUGGAUCGUUCAUCCGAACGUUCACUGCAAGUUCGUCUUCAAGGCAGCCAAGGGAGAUGGUUUGUUCGGAGUCAUUCAAAAAAUGUCAUUCAGAAAGAAUGGAUCGCAGUGUAUAGACUAUGUGCAGUUCAAAAGGAAGGAUACCUAUCAGACAGAAAAGUUCUGUGGUCUACUGGAUCGUAGUAGAACUAAGUAUUCAGAUCCUGAAUCUGAAAACAGUGGGUCCUCAUCCGUAUCAUUGCCAACUGAGACUUACGCUGAAUAUGAUCCAAGUGGUUACAAGUCCGGAGGAGAAUUAGAAACUGAAAUAUUCAUAUCACACGAGACAUUGCUGGAUGAUGAAUUUCUUGCUCUCAACAUUGUUUAUACUCCAUACAAAAAUUGCAGUAACGUGGAUCUAACCAAAUAUACAUCAAUUGGCCUAAACACCUGUUUGCAGAAUGAAUUUUUCUGUGAUGGAGUGUAUAACCAUGUACUACCAAAUGUUCGUUCGGAUGAAGACAAUUGUCCGAAUAAUGCCAACGAAUACAUUAGUACCGGUACUGGUACCAAAGUAACAGUGGGUGCAGUGACCACAAUGAUUUUAUGUUUCAUCAUAUUCGUUAUGUGCUUGUGGAUAUGUAAGAGAUCACAGAAGUUAUGUUGGUCCAUUAAUUUCGCGGACGCAAAUGUGUGUUCGUCAAGGCCGGGUCAAUUGUCACAUGAAACUGAAGGAUCUGCGAAUCCACCGGUUCCCACAGCACCGAUGCUGGAAGUCGCUGUGCCCUCGUCUGUUGCCGACAAAGAUUUGCCACCCAGUUACGAUUCAUUAUUUCCAGAACAAAGUAAUCCUGUUAGAUCAUAA